AGAUUAACCUAACCUAACCUAACGGUACAUACACAACAAGCGUUGCGUUGCGGGUAAGCGUACGGACGCUGAUAUUUGGUCAGGUCGACUCUCCGGACACUUCAGUCGACUUGAAACACGCGUAAUUUCAACCAAUUGCACGCGAGAUGGGUCGACGUAAGAGCAAGCGAAAACCGCCUAGCAAGAAAAAGGCGAUUCAACCGUUGGACACGCAAUUCAAUUGUCCGUUCUGCAAUCACGAGAAAUCGUGCGAGGUUAAGAUGGAUAAAUCCAGAAGUACCGCCAGGAUAACCUGCAGGGUAUGCUUGGAGGACUUUCAAACAACAAUAAAUCUACUGUCGGAACCUUUGGAUGUAUAUAAUGAUUGGAUCGAUGCUUGUGAGACCGCUAAUUGAAUAUUAGUUAAUGUAUGCAUAGGACUAUUUUAUCUGUAACAUGUAUUGUCAAUUUUACUUACAUUUUUAUUCACGUCACCUUCUACAUUUUAUAAACAUAAAUUGUAUUACAUGAGUGAAAGUGCAAGUCUAUUAAUGUACUACUAAAUGUGACUGAAUCGCAAAAUUGGAUAAACGCAAAAUAGAUUACACGCAUGCUGUCAUUGUUGUUGAGGAAGUAAUGUAAAAUUUAUCAUAAUUACAUGGUCACAUUUAGCACUAAUUAAGAAGUCUAAUCUUGAUAAUGUAUAUUGUAUUAUAGAAUAUCAAGCUCUAUUUCUAUAGUAUUUACCUACAUAUAUUAUAAUUAUAAAUUGAAAUAUAUACAUAUAUUAUAAAUGAUAAAUAUAUGUAUCACAUUUGAUUAUUUAGCAUCAAUUAUACUUUAAUGUUAAUCUAUAGGUAAUAUAUAAUAUAAUAUACUGUAUCA